AUUGAGGCGCCGGCAGAAACCGACCAGGACAUAGCAGUCUCCGACUGGCGGCUGCCGCAGUCAUCUUGAUGGGCUGCACCCUGAGGCUGUGUUUGUUACCUGAGCACUGAAGGAGGAGAAGUGCAGCCGGUUUCUGCGUGCUGCCUUUGCUCGUCCUUGUUCCCAGCCACUGCUCAUGUAAUGCACUCCCUUAACCAGGAAAUUAAAGCAUUCUCCCGGAAUAACCUCAGGAAGCAAUGCACCAGGGUGACAACGCUUACUGGAAAGAAAAUCAUAGAAACGUGGAAAGAUGCCCGCAUUCAUGUUGUGGAAGAAGUAGAGCCGAGCGGUGGGGGUGGUUGUGGUUUCGUGCAGGACCUUAGCUUGGACCUGCAGGUUGGCGUCAUUAAGCCCUGGUUGCUCCUGGGGUCACAAGAUGCUGCUCAUGAUCUGGAAACACUGAAAAAGCACAAGGUGACUCAUAUUCUCAAUGUUGCAUAUGGAGUUGAAAAUGCAUUCCUCAGUGACUUUACAUAUAAGAGCAUUUCUGUAUUGGAUCUUCCUGAAACCAAUAUCCUGUCUUAUUUUCCAGAAUGUUUUGAAUUUAUUGAACAAGCAAAAUUGAUGAAUGGCGUGGUUCUUGUUCAUUGUAAUGCAGGAGUUUCCAGGGCAGCUGCAAUUGUAAUAGGCUUCCUGAUGCAUUCUGAAGAAACGUCGUUCACUAGUGCUUUUUCAUUGGUGAAAAAUGCAAGGCCUUCCAUAUGUCCAAAUCCUGGCUUCAUGGAGCAGCUUCGUACAUAUCAAGAGGGCAAAGAAAGCAAUAAGUGUGACAAAAUACAGGAGUUAGAAAGGGACAACAAGUCAUGAGUUGCAUUCUAGCACAUGAUGGACAAUGGUAAUUUCUGAAUUGGCCUCUAUAGCCAACCCCCUUUUUGGAGAGUGGAUGAGGAAAGAUUUCCUUUUCUCUUGCUUUUUCAACUAUAAACACAAAUCAAUUUGACUGUCCUGGGCUAGUGUAUAAAUAAAAUUCUAAAUUAUAUUA